AUGGAGAAUCCCAACCCUUCCCCGCCCUCGGGCGCCUACCCGGAGACAGAAGACAAGCUCCGACUCGAAAUUAUCAAAAAGCUAGCGACAGCCUUCGAGAAAACGCCAAGUAUUCAAAGUGAUCUGACAUCGUCCGGCCUAUGGGCGUUCAUGUGGCUAGCAGACCUGGAGUCGGUCAGGGCCUAUGCCGAGGAUCUAAUAGCGAUGAGUCACAACCAAAGAAACAAUCAGAAUAGGAGCACUACAUACUUUGAAAUCUUGAGGACCUGGGCGAGGGGCCGCGCAACAAGGGACGGAAAGAGGAAAGAGGCCGAAAGCAAGAAGCGCGAACCAGUGCCAGCGUUGGAUAACCCAGCCCCUUCCAAAUCUCCUCGCCUGGGAAAGAAUGUCGCUCCCGCGGACCCAACAAGCGGGCAGAAAUCCCUGCGCUCAACCCCUACUACUCCCGGUUCUGCAACACCCGCCACGCCCGAGACGCCCUCCCCGGAGCCCAUCGAGUACAAUCGCUCGCCUGCCAUCAGCGAUGAGGCAAAGAAAAGAGACAGCCAAACUUGUGUCAUCACGCAUUUCAAGACCGGUAAUCAGGGAGCGCAGAUUUGCGCGUCAUCCUUGGGCAUGGCCGGUCAAGACCAGUACGAUGUCUUCUGGCAGACAUUGGCCGACUUCUGGCCCAACGACCAACUAGCCAAGUGGGAGAGCGCAAUCCAAGGCCCGAACCGUGCCGAGACCGUUGAGAACUACCUGACCAUGUCCCCGGACACGCACGCCUUGUGGGGGAAGGGCAAGUUCGCUUUGAAGCCUCUGCCCGGCGGGGAUGAGCACAGCAUGCAAGUCGAAUUUCACUGGCUCCCACUCGUUGAUGGCGGAACGGGGCGUAAACACCUUCGACGCCCGCCAGCAAACACCGUCGGCCUCGAUGCCUCCUCCGACGGGAGUAGGCUCUUUAACGCGGCGGAUCAACACUGCAUCACAUCCGGUGAGGUCAUCACCUUUACGACCGAGGACCCGGACAAAUGCCCUCUUCCAUCCUACGACUUGCUGGAAAUGCAGUGGGUUUUGAACCGGCUUGUGGCGCUGGCUGGGGCGGCGGAGGAGCCUGACGACGAGGGGACUGACAUCGAGGAGAGCGAGGAGGACGAUGAGGUGGCUGAGGGAGAAGGUUGGCAGAGCGAGCAUUGA